AUGAAAGUGCAGCAAGGCUGCAACUCAGGAGACAUGGGGAUCCCAGUAACUACUGAAGAAGAACUGCGCAGAAAUACCGUAAUAACGCCUGAAGAUGUGCUCGGGCUGCAGAAAAUCACCAAGAGUAAGUAACCUGCUGUUGUAAUUGGCAGGAUGGGAAGAGUAGUUAAUGCCGUACAGUUAGAGGAGAUUAGUGCAAACCAUCUGCUGUUGUGUCCUUGUCGUGUAUUUCUUGAGAAUUUCUAAUUUUUAUGGAAGAGAGACGCACAGGUACCAUGGACAGCGACACAGCCUGGAGAGUCUCGAGCUUUGAACAAGACUUCAUACUUUGACCAGUGUGUGUUUAACUGCUAUUGAUCCCUACAGGUUAACCCAAGGACACUUACACUUAUGCAUGCAGUUUGACUCAAGCAGCAUGUCGAGUUUACAAUCAAAAUCAGAGUGUAUGUUUGUAGAUGUUUGUUUGUUUGUGUGUAGGUGAUUCUGACACACACACACACACACACACACACACACACACUAGGUAUAGACUCCAAGCACUGUUUGUACUUCCUGCUCCUCAAAUCCCACUAAAGGAAAUCUGGCUCUCACUACAUCCUCACCUCGGGACACCUGUGGCUUUAAAGGGACUGUAACAGGUGGCCAGGGAUGUGAUCAGCUGAUUAUAGCUCGUCUCAGACAUUAAGUCAGUCAGGACAAAUACAGUCAGGAAGACUGCCUGGUUUUUUAACAUGUUAUGGAAACUGGUUGCAUGUGAGUUAUGUCAUGCAAAAACACUGGGGGGAUUGUGCAACAGAGAAAGGUCUUUCAAAGUGAUUUACGUGUUGUUGUUUUUGUUGUUUUUGUUGUUGUUGUAAUCUAUUUAUUUAAUUAUUAAAAUUUUCUGGGCUUUAGCUAAAAAAAAUCUUAGGUAACACUUUACAAUAACACUUUAGUUUAUUCAUGUUUAAUCAUCAUUUAAAAACAGCAUAUACACCAAUUAUAAAUGGUUAAUAGAUAGUUUAUUAAUGUAAGUUAAGAGUUACUUUACCAUCAACAAGCAAUGAAAUUAUGACUAAUCAUUUUCAUUAAUUAUUAAUAGACUGUUUAUUAAAGGUUUAUAUAUGGUUUAAAUACUAGUUUUAAAACAUCUAGAUUAAAAUGUGUGUCAGUAGCACUUUGUAAAUGGUUAAUAUUUGGUUUUUAAACCAUCUAUAAACAUUACUUAGAUGGUUAUUGUAAAGUUAGGGUUAGGGUAAGGUUUUUAAAAUGGUAUAAAUAUGCUAUUUAUAAAUGAUGAUUAAACAUUAAUAAACUGUCUGCUUACCAUUUAUAAAUGGUCUAUUUACCAUUUAGAAGUUAUGAUUAUUGUAAAGUGUUACCAAAUCUUGCAAUAAGACAGAUUUAGUAGAUGAAAUUAUGUGACAUAAGCAAGUUUCUGCGUUGUUAUUAAAGUGGCACUUAGCAUAACAGGAUUAGAACAACACUCAAGAUGAAUCUUAUGUUAAAACGUUUAUUUUACACAUUUUAAGAUCAACCUUGAUUCCAAAACAAAAAUUUUCGGCUAAUAUCAUUCAAAUCUUAACCUCCCCUUUAAUUUUUGGAGACGUCUUUCUACUCUUAUCUCUUCUCAUACCAUCAUAUGUGUUGUUCUUGGGUACCCCGGCUCAGCUACACAGCACUACUUGAUGCCCACUGGUGCAAUUAUACCUAAAUCACCCAUGACGGAGCUGUAAUCUCCACUCUCCAUUGACAUCUAAAUAAUCUGGAUUAUAUCAAGAGGGCUAUAACACAGCCUGCUGCACCAAUACAACACACACCAGCUAAUUACUAAUGCUUUGAGAAGGAGUUUGUUUAUACCGUACAUACCAGACUGGAAAUGUUGUAGUUGUGUUCCCGAGCCAUUCAUCUACUUGGAUGGCUGUACACACCAGCAAGAUUCAAUAAUCGCAUCCUGUCAGCAUUUAAAAUCCCAUUUAUUUGAACUGCAUCCAAAUCAUGUUUGUGUUUUUCUAAUUAAGCAAUGCUGAGUCUGCUCCCUUGUUCCCUGUAAAGUCACAAGAGCACUGAAAUGUCUCCCCAAGCCCCAGUCAUUUCAAACAACAGACCAUUCAAAACACCUCCACCAGAGAUAAACAUGAUGUGCCGAACCAUUCAAAGGAAAGGAAAUUGCAUAUGGAAAAAAAGAGGCCGGCAGAAAAUGGCUCCCCCUACAGUGUAAAUGACUUUGUUAGUUGGGCUUUUGGGAGGGAAAUGCCACCAUUUGGGGGCAGCUCAGCUCCAGCGCGUCAGGGUGGUUCAGUGCUGAUAAGCGAGGCACAGCACCUCUUUGUCACACAGACUGAGAGAGGAAGAAAUACGAUCCAGAGAAGCUGCUGUGAUAUAAAAAAACAGGACAUUAUCAGUUUACUGUCAACAUGAUGGAUUUUUAUGGAUAUGAAUGCAGGCAGACCCAAGGAGAAAUACUGCUUCUGUUAUUGACAGUUUUUAACCUUUUAUAGCAACAAUUUUAGUAUCUCUUCCCAGACAAUAGAGGUGUCAACGCAAAUGUCACAGACUUCUUUGUCGUUUCUGCUCCUCUCUCAUCUAUCAUGUCCAAUUUUGUUUCUGUGUGAGAGCACAGAAGAAAAUACAUCUGAUGUCUUUCACCCUGACUUCAAGAGGUUUUAAAUACAAACCAUGACAUAGCUAGAGAGAGAAGUCAAGCUGGGAACACUUAAAUCACAUAUCCAAGAUCUGGAUGAGUUAAAUAUUUUAGUUGAAAACCUUUGUUGAUGACAUAGCGUAAUUCGUUGAGAACUAAAUAUAUCAACAACGAUCAAUAGAUACCAAAAUCUUUAACCAACUGAGGACUGGAUUCAGAAUCCUACUAAAUAUCAAAGUGGAAAAAUUAAAUCACAGGACGAUCCAACCUCUGUGACUUUCCUCAUAAUGCAUCUCAGUAGAGUGUAUGGCCUCUACAUGCCUGUAUGCACUGAGACUACACAUGGUUACCUGGAGGAUCGCCUACCAGACUCUGAUCAGGGCAUCACUCAGCUCCAGGAAAGUCUGUGGUACAACGUGUCAGCAGUGGAUGCAACGAUGCAUGAUGUCCCAGAUUGGAUUCAGGUCUGGAGAAUGGGCGGGCCAGUCAAUAGCAUCAAUAACUUCAUCAUCCAGGAACUGCUGACACACUCCCGCCCAGAUCAGGCAUUGUCAUGCACCAGAAGGAACCCAGGACCUGCUGCAUCUGCAUAUAGUAUGACAAUAGGUGUAAGGAUCUCAUCCUGGUACUUACAGCAGUCAGGGUACCUCUGGCUAGUACAUAGAGGUCUGCGUGACCUUUUAAGGACUCCAAGACCAGCACUGACCCACCACUAAACGUUCAUGGUGGAGACAGCUGAGCAUUCUCAACAGCAUCUCCAGUUUCUUUCACAUGUUCUCAGUGUGAACUUCUAAUUUGUGAAGAGAACAGAGCGCUAAUGGCCAAUGGGCCACUUCUGGAGUCCUCAGGCCCUACUUGUGGACGUAGGCCCUCAUACAAACCUCAGAGUCCUCUUUGCACAAAAUAGCAGAUAGUGGCCCUGCAGCUAGGGUUAAGGUUGAGGUUAGGGUUAGAUUGUUGCCCUCCCAAGGCCCCCUCCACCUCUCCUGGUGUACUGACCUGUUUCCUGACAACCCCACCACACUCUUGGCAUUGUGCUGGGACACACAGCAAACCCUCUGGGUGUAUGGAUGUGUCUUCUGUGAGCUACAGAAACCACCUCAGACACCUGAUAAAUGCAAAAUUUGCCAAGAGCCAACCAAAAUAGAUGAGGGGAGCGAAAUGGAACCACUCCUUAAUAAGGUUGCCUUGCUAAUUGCAUCUCCUACCCACCUGUUAUCAGUCCCAUUUGCACAACAGCAGGUGAAAAUGAUUCACAAUCACUACUGAUUCCUAACUUAUCAGGUCAAUAACCAGGAAGUUUCACUGAUUUGAAGUUACACCGCCCUGUUUAUGUGUUCCUUUAUUUUCUUGGAGCAGUUUUUAGGUCUUUUCCUGUAUUCUUUCAAGAGGGAAAUGAUUCACACGGCUUUACGGAUAUGGAUUUUACAUUACAUUGUUGUAUAUUAACAACUGCACAAUUAGCCAUUGCAAAGGCGGAUGGGAAACAGAUGGGAAACUCUCCUUGUUUAAAGAUAAACUUAUAAAAUCAUGAAAGUUUUAUAACUGCACACAAAAUGUAUAGAUGCCCACAUACAAAGAAAAAAAAGAGAUAUAUUCAGAGCUCUACUUAACUAAAUCCCCUGUUGCACUGUGGGUGUUUUUGGAUGAAAAAGAUCUACACUGGUAUGUCAUUUUACCUCAUACAGAUGACUUACUAAGUCUGGUGCCUAUUACACUAAUGGGUGAUCAAUUAUUUGGCCUCAAUAAGUCUGGGACACAGAGCAGUGUUUUAUCUACGGAGGGCAGGAUCUCCACUCUGUGAUGUCUGCCAACACAAUGGAUACAGCUUUAAUUAAAAUUGAUUAGUGCUGCCUGUUCUUAAUCUCUCAUGCACAGCUGUCACAAGGUUACUCUUUCAGGGUGAUCUGACAAUGAGACAGACGGCCUGUAACACAUCAGUAAUCGACACUCCUUUAUGCCUGCGCUUGGCUGUAUCUUAAAUCAAUGGGUUGAUGGCAGACUCUCCUAUACUCUUUCUUAUAUAAUAUUCUACUCGCGUGUGAUUAUGGAUGUUUAACAGAGACAUUGAAUGCUGCGUCUUCUCUUGAUAGGACAAAGUUUCCAGGAGAUGGUCUCAAGCAGAACAAACCCAGUGUUACUACCAGUGUUUGUGUUUUUGCUGUGGAGCUGGAAGACUCCUAUUGUCAAUAAACUUCUAUAAUUUUACACAUGUGCUAGGAAAACAAUGCACUAUAUUCAGAAGACCUACAAAAGAGGUUGCAGUUACUUUUGCUGGUUACUAUCAAAAUAGGUCAGUUAAUUCACAUCCAUACCAUGGUUUAGAUAAAAACUGGAUUCUGAUUGGAUGAUGUUAGCUUUCUGGCUAACAGCUAAGUUAAAGCAUUCAAAUAACAGUUCAACUUCCUAAUCAUAUCUCCUUCUACUAAAUAUAUCUGUUGAUCGGCAAAGUGAGCCAUAGAAUCAUAAUGGAUGUAAAUAAUAAGAAUACUGGCCUCAGAUAACACACACCUCACAGGGCAUUAUCUUUCCUUAUGGCACCACAACAGCCUGUUUUACAGAGGACACAUUCUCUGUGAAUGAUUAGUGCUUAAAUAACUCAGAAUGACUCAUAGGCAAAACAAUAGGAAGAGAGAUAGGCUAUUUGAUAGAGCAAAGCAUUCAUUGAAGAAGAAUAAUGACCAAAGCCUGAUGUGUUGCUCGGUGAGUAUUAUAAUAAUUAUAAAUAUGUCUGAUUAUAGAUGCUCUUGGACAGCGGAUGCCUCUUUGUGGUGUAAAUCUGUCUGUUUAUUUCUAAGGUGUACAAGUUUGGUUGUGCUUAUACAAAUUUUAAAUGUUCCAAUUUGAAAAAAAAAAUCAUAUUUAUAAGGAAAAUGUAAUGACAUGGGGGGGAGCCAUCAGAGAAAAUUGGCACCUAUUUGCUUCCAAGACAAUAACCCCCUAUACAAGGAAAAUAGAUGUCUGGAAAUGGCUCUUUCAAUAGGCUGCAAAGCAUGCAAUUUUAUGCCCCCAAAUUAGUCAGACCAAUGUGCACAUAAAUAAGACUGUGUGGGUAUCCAGCUCAAGCAGCUGAGAACAACUCAUUUUUGCAUAAAUUGCAUUGUGGCGGUGGUUUAAGAGCAAAGAAAGGAAUGAAUACGGAAUUUAGAGCAAGAUCAUCUGAACACAGGGUUAACUCAGUAAGCUCACUCAGCUCCACAUUAUGUCUUCUUUAAUAAUAAGUGAGCAUCAGAGGUGCGAGGAGACAGAUAAGGUUACCUUCAGACAGUGCCAAGCUAGCUGCUUCCCCCAUUUCAACUCCUAAAGCUGAGCUAAGCUAAUUUUUUCAUUGAUUUGGUUUUGUGGUUCAGUGUCACUCUGAACUAAGGAGCUUCCAUCACAAUAUUCUUUUUCUCCUAAAACCCCUCCCCCCAUCGAAAUGUUAUCUUUUCCACUCAAAGGUAUGCCGAUGAAAGACAGGGGAGCUGAAUCUCAUCUGCAUUCAGCUGCUCUGAAUGCAACCUCUGCAUGAACUUGAGUAUUUGCCAGUUCGCCUACAGGUGCUGUAAACCGAGAGACAUGAAACACACCUCCGCACACAGGUGCACUGUAUAUCAAGGUAUGCACAUCAAGGUGUAAUGUUAAUGUCACAAGCUGCCUCCGGCUAUGGCUUAUUUCAACAUGAGGAUGAGUAAACAUGUCAGCAUUGUUCUCCUCACGUUCAGGAAUUAAUUCAACACACACUCUCUCUCUCUCUCUCUCUCUCUCUCUCUCUCUCUCUCUCUCUCUCUCUCUCUCUCUCUCUCUCUCUCUCUCUCUCUCUCUCUCUCUCUCUCUCUCUCUCUCUCUCUCUCUCUCUCUCUCUCUCUCUCUCUCUCUCUCUCUCUCUCUCUCUCUCUCUCUCUCUCUCUCUCUCUCUCUCUCUCUCUCUCUCUCUGCGUUGAUUGACGACCAUGAAGUCGAAUGGAAAGAAUAAGGCAUGAGAAGUCAAUCCCUGCGGUUGAAAGUCAGUAACUCCAGGCUAAUCUUUGGGAUUAAGGAGCUAUAAGUGGCAGCUUGCUUGCUCUUUAUGAAUGCCACUUUGGUGUCAGACAAGCUGUGUGUACCCGAAUACAAGAACAUGGCAUUACUCAAGAAGACCUUGUGCUAAUUUUACUCUCUGUGUAAUAGUUCUAUUCAGGACUGCGUAUACUUGAGUGGAAAGGAUUUUGUUCAGUAAGAAUUUGCUUAUCAUGGAAUAAUGUUUGAAUUUGUAUGGAUUAGAAAGACUGGUGAGUAAUUACGGCAGUCAGAUAACCUGCCCUUAUGUGUUAAUGGCACGGUUUUGUAAGAUAACACGAGACAGCAUUGUUGUAAUAAUAUUCAGGAUCAAAUUUGAAGAUUCCUUCAGUGCUUCAAAGCUCUGGAAGAAAACAAAGGACAGCCUCUCUGUCUGGGGAUGUAGGCCUCAGGUACAGCUUCAUCUAACAUGGAUGGAUCAUUUAAUUUGCAUCCCACUGAUGCCCAACCUGAGAUACACUCCUUUGAUUCACUGCUCAGCUUGUUGUUAUUGUGGAGCAGCCAGGUGGAUGAGGGGAAGGAAGAAGACAGGGCUUCGGGGAAGGAAGAAGGCAGACUAAUCAAGCUGGCACACUAUCAGAAGGAGUGUUGCUAGGUGACAGUGUUGAAGGAAGUGAAGUGGAGCACUUUUGCAGCAAGUGAAUGUGUGUGUGUGUGUCUAGUUUGAAGACAGGAGAAAAACAGAAACAAAGAACUGAGCUGUAAACAUGUAAAUUAUAAUCUUGAGGGUACUCCUACAAUUCAGAACCAGGAUUUAAUUUUAAGGAUUAGGGUAUGGAAAGAUACACGGCUUAAAAUCUAUCAAGGUUUAAAGCAACAGCUGUUACAGCAGUAUGUUUGUUUUACAUUUCAUGUUUGAGAAGCAAUGUUUGUCCAAAGUAUAUAUUUCUUUCUUUCAACCCUGUCAGGAACACAUGUUUAGCACAUGAUUUCUUCAAAUACUUAAAAGGAACUGCCUACAUCUUCUUGAAAACAGCUUGUUAUAUUUCUCAUACAGAGUAUUAAAAACUCUCAAGCGUCUAUACCACACAUGGCUAAAGCAUGUAGCCAGAAAGCUAAGCUCAUAAACAAUCUGGAAACAGUGAACGUCCAGCCUUUCUUAGACCAACAAGCAUCUUUGGAUCUGACUAAUUUGGGUGUAUUAUCGCAAAAGUCAGUUCUACUAAUAUUUUCAGAAUCAGAAUCAGAAAUACUUUAAUAAUCCCCAGGGGUCAAUUGCUUUCAUUACAGUACUCCAGUGCAAAUACAGUAAGGACGAAGUAAAUAAUAGAUAAAAUAAAAGAUAAAAUAAGUAAAAUAAGUGAAAAUAUAGAGAUAAUAUACAAGUAUUUACACUAUAAACAACACAAAUAGUGACAUUGUAUGCAUGUAAACAGUGAGCAGAGUCCAGGGAAAGACUACUGACUGAGGGUGUCAGAGUCUGACUUUUUUAAAAUAAGCUCUAAAAAGAGUGUCUAGAUAUGAGCAUGCUAAGCUAAAAUAACAGCAGGCUUUAGCUAUGUAGAAAGACUGGAAAUAAGAUCGAACUUCUCAUCCACCCCUCUGCAAAAAGGUUAAUAGACUGUGUUCCCAUAACAAACUACAACUCAAAUAUCAUCCACAUCCAUUACACAAAGCAGUCAGCACGUAUAACAGUCACACUUUCCCUCAAAUGUGUACUAUUAUCUUUUCACCCCUCACAGUUGAAGCGUGUAAAUCUAAGUAUGUUCAAUGUGGUGUGGUCAGCAGGUUCUGGGCUUUGUGAAUGUAGGCGGGAUUGGAGGCGGCUCUGUGUGAACACUCAAACUAGACUGGGUGUCACAUAAAACUCACCAUCUGUGUUGUUCAGCAGGUUUGGCUUGCUGCCACCGCUGAUUCACAAAUAUCUAUCAGUCAUCUGUCCACAAAGGGAUUUGGUCAGUGACAGCAGCACAAGAUUCAAGCUUACUGACUCUCUAUUUACUCUUUUUUUAUACUAGAUGACAAAUUUGUCACAUAGAAAUAUUUUAUUUGAUUCUAAAUAAACAUGAGAAAUGAUGUGAUCUCUCUUUAUGACAUAACCUUAGUUUAGGGGUGAACACUAGAAAUAUCUCAGUGAGCACUAUUUAUUGCAAUUUCAACAACAAAAAGCUAUUGGAUACUUGUGAUUUAAAGCUCCAGUAAGUAACUUCCAGUUUGUAUCAAUUAUGAUGCCCCCUGUGGAUAGAGCAGUACAUCCUUUUCCUGAUUUAUCAUCGUACAUGUAUAGGUAGUGAUUCUUUUCCAAAAUAUCUUUUUUUUUCUUUUACUCUUUAACAAUCUUUGCCAUGAAAAUUGUAAACAAAGGCUGUUUUUACACAAUGUUACCUACACUGUGACAAUGGUUUCUAAAUAACUAAAAUCAGUAUUGAAGUCAGUGUUAUAGUCUUUGCGCAUACGUCUAAAUGGUCAAAAACAGUAAAAGUCUCAUUAUUAAAAUAUUGAUUAUAGUAAGACGUAGCCAACAAUGCAUGGUGUUCACUUGAGCGGCAGAAUCUCCUCCAGUCAUAACAUCAAUACUUGGGAAUGGCGUCCUGUCAGCCAUAGAAGAAGCUGAUGAGCAACCACACCAUGAAAACCCGAACAUUUAGCAGAAAACACAUUUAAAGCAGAUGUAUGUCUAAGUGACCACUAUUUAUUUAGGAUAUUACAUUAACAUACUAACAAUGAAAUACUUCCUAUCUCUUAAAAGCCCACCUGACAGUUUAAAGUGGGUGUUAUUUGUGUGCAGUGUUGCAUAAAAACAAGGCCCACCUUACAAUGUCAGUAAUAUAACACUCUGAUAAACAUGUAACAUAUUACAUAAAUCCUUCACACUGAAAAUUAUGGGGCGGCUGCAAUUACGCGUCUGCGUUUUACAUGUCCGCGUCCUCGGCCUUUGACCAAAUGUUCGGAUAAAUGACUUUCCAUGUCUGCCAUCAUAUAAAACACAUGCUGGGAAUAAGACAUAUUAAAGCAGAGGUGGUAAACAAACAGUUCUGUUUGAAGUUUAUGAUCAUUUGAAGCGUAUCUCGCACCAACGAUUCUAUUGUGUGAAAGUGUUUCAUUGUUUUUGCUUUGGAAGAAACACACUCCCAAAAAACACAGAAGCUCUUUAAUCAUCUUAAGUAAUUUGGGAAGAAAUAUAGUCUCUGUGUUUUACAGCAUAAACUAUAUCUGCUGCGCUGUGCAUAUUCUCUAAUGUAUGCACAGAAGGAUAUUUUAUGUCUGCUAACAAAUAAAUAAGUGCUAGUACAAGGUCCGUAUGCAUUCUCAGAAAAUAUGCAUGUUUAUACUUGUUUAUGCUUGCACAGCAGAGCUAAAUACCAGAAUGUGUUAUUUAGCCAAUACGUGCUCACAUUGUUUGUUAAUAAUGCUGCUGCACGUCAUUUCAAAUGGCUGACUUAAAUGGCACACUUGCUCCGGCCUUUCAUCGGUUUUAAAAAUAUCUGGUUCACUAUAUGAAAUUGUGAGCUCUUUCAUUGAACUGAAGGAGCUACUUAUAGACCAGGUGUCAGAUAAAGCAUAGUGUUCUUUAUGAAAGGUCUAUAAAUACCUUCUGGCAGGUGGCUAAAGCCUGUGGCCCAUCUGCUCUCUAAAACCUCAGAAAACAGUCUAGCAGCAGCAGCAUGAGUUUAGAGGUGUGUGUGCAGAAACGUGCACAUGCUCACGCAGGGAUGUUGAUCUGACGGUUUCCCCCUCACUGUUUCUUUUUUAGUCAGGCUGCAUGAAGUCACACGACCCUCUGACCCUUAUGCAACAUACACUGCCAAUAAUAACUGCACACUUCAUAAUACUAAUGAGAUAGUGUGUGUGUGUGUGUGUGUGUGUGUGUGUGUGUGUGUGUGUGUGUGUGUGUGUGUGUGUGUGUGUGUGUGUUUCCCAACUAGUCAGUCCAUGUGAUGGUAAAACACAAUAAGCCUCUUAGGCCUAAUCCUGCCCCAAUGGGAGGGGAGUGUCUGACACAUGCUCAUACUCUCUCUCUCUUCUCUCUCUAUCUUUCUCUCUCUCCUUCUCUCACACACACUCUAACUCUGACACAUGCACUCACACACUGACCAGUACUGUCAAAUCUGUCAUCCUGCCCAGGUUCUUGCCUCUCUGUCUUCCAGUAUUUUUAUAGCAGUAGUUUAAUAACAAGGGCAAUUUUGUGACAUUUUUAAUGUCUGUGUGUUGAUACAAAUCUGCAUUAAAAUUUAAUUUACGAAGGUGAAACAUUUUACAAUGGUUAUGAUUACGGUCAAAUUAAAACACAUUUUCUUUCAGAACUUGGAAAUAAAAAUCUGGGGACAAGUAGCAAAACAGCUUCAUAACUUUAGUUUAAAAUGGGAAAGGAAGGUUCGUAGAUACCACCAGAUUUACAAAAUGAUUUGUAAAUAUAUACUAAAUUUGCAUUCGUCCUCUUGUAUUUGCUAAUACUAGAAAGAAGAGAGUUGGAAAAUCUGUUCCAGCUUUGUACCAUACAGACAAUAAACAUAUCUUCUGGUAAAAUCACUUGAUAAAUUCCAUUAAAAAUCAAACUGGCUGAUCCUGUUGUUUUUGUGUCUUCAUAGGAGGCAGAGGAGACUUUAUCCUUAAUCUCAUUCAGAUUAAGACCAAUCAUAAAGGCAGAUGAUAGCUUGGACAUGACAGACUAUCCCCUUUCUUUUCCUGAUGAACCCUUUAGUAGGAAAUCGUCCCAUCCUCUUAAAGGAUGUUGAUGGUAAUUUGGGGCUACAUAAACAUAUUCAGAAUAUGUAUCAUCCAAACUUGAAAAAUAUAAGUAUAUUCCUAAUUUGACAUACUGCAUGUGUUUAUGAAUAAAUUUGCUCUACAAAUUCAACCUGAAGUCUGAUUUGUAGGAUCUUACUAAUGCAGAAGUGGUACUUACAAUGUGUGUGCUGAUUACUGUAGUCGAGCCUCCUCAAAGGACAUUGUCAGAUGAGUUAAAGUGUUCAUGACUUUUAUUGUGAGGUCACCAGAGUUCACAUAAAGUAGACAGUCAAACUUGCCCAUGAGAACUAAUGGCAUGUCUUUGUAGCAUGAGAACUACAAAGAUGGCUGCUUAUGAUCAGGCUGAUAUACACUAUAACAAAAGAAUGACUGUUUAUGGUAUUGUUUGAUUUUAAAUGGUCUGUUCUUCUCUUUUUUCAGAUUAUCUUUGUUCUCCCGAGGAAAACGUCCACAGCAUCGACUUCACUAGAUUUAAGAUCCGCGAUAUGGAGACAGGGACAGUCCUCUUUGAGAUCACUAAACCUCCAACACCAGGUCAGAACAUUUACCUUCACCAUUUUCUGUCUAUAGAAUAGUUAAAGUUUUUAUUUUGGAAUAAACACUGAAUUUAACUGUCUCCUCUUCAGCAGGAGGAAGGAAGCAAUGUGACCCCAACGCCGGGCGUUUCGUCAGAUACCAAUUCACCCCAGCCUUCCUACAGUUGCGGCAGGUUGGAGCAACGUAAGUUUGAUUUAUUUUUGAUCAAAAUAAAAAAGCUGGACGAUGGAUCCAUGCUCAGUGGACUCUGUUGAACUUACAGAGGACAGACAUUGGAUGUAGGAGGAGUGUGGGAAUCAGCGUGGGCUGACAAGGCUGAGUGUGAACGCUCACAGGUCCCUGCUAAGUCAGGAGCCGAAUUUUAGUCAGUGUUCAUCAUCAUCAGACUCUUUGUGCGUGACUAAUUUUUAUUCAUUAAAAAAACUGAUGCGUCGAAAUAAGCCAGGCCUUGUGAGAAAAGCCAUUUUAUAGGACAACAGUCUUUAAUUUUACACUCUUGGUUUUACUUUCAUUGUGUGUCAUUGGAGGAUUCAUGGUUAGGUCUAUUUGUUUUUCUCCAAAUUUAAGUAAAGAUACAAUCUGGAUCACUGUUGGCUUGUUUGCAGCCUGUUUUAUUGGAUGACCUCUUGACCUUUCUUGCCAGUUAUGGUCAGUUCAACAUUCACAUGAGUAAAAGAAAUAACCUCAAAAAGUACAAAAAUUAGGCACAUGACAGAAAAAAAGCAGUUUUUAAAGCCCCAUCAUGCAGAAACAUUGAUGUUGUUUUAUGAUGUGAUACUCCUACACUAACCUCAUUGACAGGCCCAUAGUGACACAACUCAACUUAUGGCCAGCUUUACAUUUACAACAUGUUGACCCAACUAGUAAUUCUGGUGCUAUGUUUAAUGGCGAAGUCAACUGAAUGCAUAACAAGAAAGUUAACACAUUUCCAAAUCCCUGUUUACACAUUAAAACAACAUCAAACAAUUCAUAUGCUGCUUACCUAACUUAAGCAUGCUAGCAGAUCUGACCAUGUCAAGACCUGUGAUCCUGGUCAAUGAUCCUGUGCAUAAAGCCAUCAACCAUACUAAAACAUGUCAAUAUGAAAAUGGUGCAAAAAUAUUACACAUAUUGGCAGGUUGUUACUGAUACAGAGUUUUCAUAACUUUGCCCCCGAACAACAGUCUUCAAGAGGACAUGAAACACUGACCCAAGUUAUCAUUAUUUUUAAGAAUGCCUCUCGACUUCACAAAUCACUGUAUACAUGACUCUCAGAAUGUAAUACAUUUCUAGAAGUUCCACUUUAGCGACACCAUAGACAUAAUAAAAUUAUGUCUAUUAUUAUUAUUAUUAUUAUUAUUAUUAUUAUUAUUAUUAUUAUUAUUAUUAUUGUCUAUGAGCGACACUGCUGGGAACCGUAAAGCAGUGCCACUUAGCGUAAAGUAAUGGGUUGUGUACCCCGCAUAUUGACUGAAUUGAAAUUGAUUGAAUGAGAGCAGAUUAGGAUGGUUGAAAUGGCGAAUGAGAGCCACACACGAGUAAACUCAUCAGAGGAGGGGUAUUUUGUUUGGCGCCAGGCUGCUCCAACCAAUUUUACAACAUAAGAAAUAAAAAAACGUUGCAUUUUCAUGAUUUGCCGCUGAAACGUUGCCGGUGAUUCUCCACAGCUUUUCCACAGCUCACACAUGCGCAGCAGCAAUCAUAUGUAAACAUCGGCGUAACUGUUUAACAGAGAUCUGACAUAAAAUAACGAAGGCAAAAAUGUCUUACCUUUACUCUGGUGUCUAAAACAGUAAGCAGUAUCAGUCAUCCAGCUCCAGCAGGUUAAUAAUCCACCGAUAUUAUUCCCGUUUACGUCCUCUUUAAAUCCCGUUAACAACCUCGCGGUCAGCGUCUCAUCCAAUUUUUUAGCUCUGUUUCUGGUCGCCCGGCUCAGUCGUUUAUUUCCCGGUCUUCUUCCACCAGGACACGGACCGCGUCUCGGUUCCUACGCGGUGAGUCAGUCACGGCCUGUCUGGACCUGUGGUCUGGACUCGGAAACAGGUCCAGAGAUGCUCCUGCUGUCGGUCUCUAUCAGGACACCUGACGCUAAAGCGAGCUAAAGUUUUUUUUCACACAAUGUUAAUGGAUGAAACGCGCUGACCGCGAAAAACCGGAUGUGAAUAAUAUCAGUGGAUUAUUAAACUGUUGGAGCUGGAUGACUGAUAAUGCUGACAGUUUUAGACCCCAGAGUGAAGGUAAUAAAUAUUUCCUGAAGGUUUGAUCAGUUAUGUCUCCGCUCGGAUGUGUGGUGGACAGAGUUUAGGACGUUUUAUAUUUUCACGUACACUCAUUUAUAUUUCACUCUGUUCCUGCUCAACCCUUGACGUCACAACUGUCGUAAACUCAAAAUGGCGCUGUGCGCAUGUCGUAAAUACACUCUUAAAAGCGCUUUUUCUAUUAAACGGCUGAUUUUUUUACACAAAAAAUAUUUCAGACUCUCUCCUAAUUUAUUUUUUUACCACCAUAUAAAUAUAUAUAAUAGUAACCACCAGAGGUUGCAAAAAAGGGCUUUUUUAGCAUUUCUAGCAGCCUGUUUCUCAGCCCCGGGGGUUGCUGCUUGAUUCACAUUGACUUAUAGAGGCAUUAUGAGUGUAGUAGCGGUAUUAUAGUGUUUGUGACAAUUUUUAAAAUUUUCCUGUCAAUACCUUUUGAUUUGCGGCAAAACAGCACAACAAAUAUUGUAAUUUUUUUCAUUUUUUACAUCGACUAUACCACUUUCUGUGAAUCUUUAUCAUGAGGAAUGGAAAUAAAGCUUGUUUUUUUCUGCAGAACUCACUUGUCCAGUCUUUAUGAUGGUCUUUUUGCUUUUGUAUUUCAUGAAGAGGCAUCAGAAUUGAUUUCAGUCUCUUCAUGCAAAAAAACCCUUAAAGAAUAAAUUCUUUAAAAAUGUUAAUGGUUCAUUUGUUGUCUUCUCAUUCCUACAGAGUGGAAUUCACAGUUGGGGACACACCCAUCAACAACUUUCGUAUGAUUGAGAGGCACUACUUUCGUGAUCAGCUGCUCAAGAGCUUUGAUUUCGAGUUCGGCUUCUGCAUGCCCAGCAGUAAGAACACAUGCGAGCACAUCUACGAGUUCCCCGCACUGUCUGAAGAAAUCAGUGAGUGUCACAAUAUGUAAUCGCACGAGGCAAAUGCGCCCACGCAGAGGCAUUUUGUUUGAUGUAACAGGAUUUGGAGAUGCAAAUUCUGAGAGCUGUGUGUCUUUUUUUUCCCCCUCCCAGUGCGAGAGAUGAUCCUGCACCCUUAUGAGACGCAGUCGGACAGCUUCUACUUUGUGGACAACAAGCUGGUGAUGCACAACAAGGCAGACUAUUCUUACAGUGGAGGGCCGUAG